CGGCUGUCAGUGGGCAGGAAUCUUAUUAUUUCUGUGCGUGAUACCUGUCUUCUGAAUGUCAUGAAGUUUAUUGGCUAAAUAUGGAAUUCUGCAGACUGAUUAUAUUCUUUGCUGUCAGUGAUUGUCUCUUGUGCGUACAUUUCGUCUCUAGCCUAAAAAAUUUAGCACUAGGGAGACCAACGUGGGAGCAAUUUCCUUGGAUUAAACCAACACAGAACUGGGGUAGUAAGAAUGCUGUAGAUGGUUCGUACAACGAUCGUGGUGCAAGUGGAAAUCAGUGUACGAUAUCAGACAACUACAGGAAAACAGCUGAGUGGAGAGUAGAUUUGGGGGAUAUUGUCAGCAUCAGCCACAUUGAUAUUUACUACAGGACAGAUAACUUCCAAAUGCCAACGUCGUACACGUCAAGAAUUGCUGGAUUCUUUCUUUACGUUUCAAACACAACCUCGAAAUACGGAAGUCAUCUUUGUUUUCAUGAGAUACAGACUGUGAACAGAACCCCAUCAGAGAAUCAGAAAAUCCAAUGUUCUAUUCGGGGCCGUUUCGUCAUCUACUACAACGAACGAAAACAGGGUGUUAAAUACCCUAGUUACUAUUCAUCGUAUGCAUACAAUGAACUAUGUGAGGUGGAAGUUUAUGGAUGUUCUAGGCAAGGGUUUUAUGGUGACAAUUGUACACUUCGAUGUCCUUCUAAUUGCCGAGAAACACAAUGUAACCUCAUCACUGGUCACUGUACUAGCUGUGUUCCUGGAUAUUACGGAUUAUCUUGUAAUCAGGUUUGUGACUAUAAGACAUACGGACAAGACUGCUCUUUGCGUUGUGGUAACUGUAGUAAUGGGGAAACAUGUCAACAUGUAAACGGUUCUUGUCUCCAUGGAUGUGAUGCAGGAGUGUCGGGCGAAGAAUGCAACGACGAAUGUUUACCUGGAUUCUUUGGGAAAGACUGCCUAAACAAAUGUAGUGAAAACUGCAUGAAUUCUGCAAGUUGUGAUAGAUUUACAGGACAUUGUAACGGAGGGUGUAAACCUGGAUGGACAGGGAACAAAUGUGACCAGAUGUGUGCGAAAAACUUUUAUGGACCCAGAUGUGCUCUUAUCUGUGGCUCCUGUAGAAACAAAGAAACAUGCCACAACAUCGAUGGUACAUGUCCCCAUGGGUGUGAUGACGGGGUGUAUGGAGAAAAAUGCCAAAGAGAAUGUAUGUUAGGCAACUAUGGAAAGAACUGCAUCUACAAAUGCAACACGCAGUGUAUUGUGUCCAACCAGUGUAACAGAGUUACUGGACAUUGUAAUGGGGGUUGUAAACAAGGAUGGGCAGGAAACAUGUGUGAUCAAGAAUGCCAUGCAGGGUUAUAUGGUAAAGACUGUAAGAAUCAAUGCAGCGUUAACUGUAAUGUGACCAAUCGGUGUGACAGGUUCACAGGAGAGUGCAAUGGAGGGUGCAAACCAGGAUGGACUGGCACAGCGUGCAAUUUUACAUGUGCACACACUUUUUAUGGAGCUAAUUGUACACAACAAUGUGAUACAGCUUGUAAAAAUCAUGAAUGUGACUAUGAAACCGGAGAAUGCUUUGCAAUCAAACAGACAGAUGAACAAACCAAUAUUUCUAUCAUUGGCGGAAGCAUUGCAGCUGUAAUUGCUCUUCUAGUCCUUAUUUUUGUCAUAAUUAUGUACAAGAGAACUCGAGGUGUACCCAGAAAAGGCAGAUAUAAGGCCGACGAUAUUGGUAACACUACCGAUCCUAGCUCCUUCUCAAACGCAGCCCAAGACAUAUCCAAUAUAUAUCAGAAUUAUACAACUGAAAACCCCGAUAGUAAAGAUUUGACAACUUUGAAGAAACCUCCAGUUCGCAGACACGAACAAUUAGAUAAAGAAAACAAUUCUAGAGAACUAAAGGAUGACGAUUUUGACAUUGAUGAAAAAAUACACGAGGAAAACCCAUAUGGAGAUUUUUAUAUGAAUGAUGAUAUUCAUACUCCGGAUAUUACUGCCAACAAAUUAGAGGACGUAAUACGAGAAAAGAGUAAAAAUAAAGACGAUGGUUUUAAAAAAGAAUAUGCGACAUUGUUUUACGGGGAAAGGUAUUCUUGUGAAUCAGGAAAACUGCCAGAAAAUCUAACAAAAAAUAGAUUCAAAACGACAUUUCCUUAUGAUCAUUCGAGAGUGAUUCUGGCAAACAGGCGUGCAGACUACAUUAAUGCAAACUAUAUAGAUGGAAUUCGAGCAGCAAACAUCUACAUUGCCACUCAAGGACCAAGACAAAACACUGAAGCAGAUUUUUGGUUCAUGGUUUGGCAAGAAAAUAUAAAGCAAAUUGUUAUGUUGACAAAUCUCAUUGAAGGGACUAAGGUGAAAUGUGUGCAGUACUGGCCAGAUAUAGACCAAAAUAUUCACAUUGACAUGUUCUUAUUGGAAACAACUGAGGAGAGGCUUUACGCUUUUUAUUGCAUUCGUAAGGUGAAAUUAUCUAAUAAAAAGCAAAAUAAAAGUAGAACGAUCACCCAGUAUCAUUACACCGCCUGGCCGGACCACGGUAUACCAGAUCCGAUUUGUUUAUCAUUAUUUCACAACCACGUGACAAGAACAAGGCCCGAAAAGCAUAAAGGUCCUACCUUGGUUCAUUGCAGUGCUGGAAUCGGAAGAACGGGAACUUACAUAGCAAUUGAUGCUCUGCAUAAUGAGCACAAAUUCAACAUUGCUGAAUACGUGAAGAAAAUGAGAGAAAAAAGGAUGAACAUGGUCCAAACUUAUGAGCAAUACAAGACAAUAUUUUUGACUCUCCGCGAGAUGUUUAAGUCUCCUGUUUCCGUUCAGACUACAACGGAGUUCCUUAGAAUAAAACAAAUGGCAGAAAGAGAAAAGUUGGUGAAUGCAUCAUCAUUGAAAAAGGAGUUUCAGCGACUUCUCUCUGGUCGUCAUCAUUACACAAAGAAGGAUUAUGAAAAGGCGUCACAAUACAGAGAGAUAUCAUCUAUUCGCCCUCUUGACAAGUACAUUAUAUAUUUGACAUCCAGUGUUAAAAAUCGUGGAAACUACAUCAAUGCCAUAACUCUGCCUUCUUUCACCGACCAAGAUGCGUAUAUCGUUACCCAUUACCCAAAACCAGGUGACGCUGUAGACUUUCUACGCCUCAUCACUGACCAUGAAUCGGAAGUUGUUGUCUGUAUGGAACCUCUGAAAAAAGAGAAACUUGCAGAUGAAUGGUUGCCAGCGACACGUAACCCUAAAGUCGUUACUCCCUUCACAAUUCAACUACGAAAUGAGCAAACGAGCGAAAUACAAUGCCGGAAAAUUCAAAUUACUAAAGAAAGCAUUGGCGAUACAGCAUGUUUAGUUCACAUGGCGGAGCCAGUUUUUAACCUAUCUCCGAUUGAUUCUCGGACCGUUUCCCAAAUUCUUGGUUUGGUGUUAUUUGCAAAGAACGUUGAAACAGAACAUCCGAUUACAGUCAUCAGCAAUGAUGGAGCUACUUUGUGUGGAGUGUUUUGUGCUGUUUAUAACCUGAUUCAACAACUGACAAUGGACGAAGAGAUAGACGUGUUUUCCGUGGUCAGACUCCUUCAAACACGACGUCCUGAGCUGUGCUCAUCUAUAGAGGAGUACACACUGAUUCACGAUGCAUUAAGGAGCUUCAUAGAGUCUCGAAAAGAUGAUAAUAUCUACUACAACCAGUGACUAUUUUGCGUAGGCCUGCGUGUCAUAGUUAUUGCAUUAAGACUUUGAUUUAUGUAUAUACAAGUGAAUAUUGUUUAUAUCCGACUCAUGCAUAUUUAAACAAUAGAAUGUUUUCUUUGGUGAUUCAUGCGAGAUAUGAAGGUGGCAACAUUGCAGGAAAAACACAUAACCCGUGUUAGCGGCUUAAGUAUUUUUGUGCAAUGAUCGAUACAUUCAUAACCCGAAUGAAUCAUCAAAGCAAGCAUUUCAUUGUUUAUAUUUAGAUCUCUGUUUUAGCUAAUUAAUAAAUUAAUUACAAAAGUAAGUAAAAUUCACUAAAUUACUGUUAAUGUACAUUAAUACGUUCUCUAAAAAAAACCCAGCCAAAUCGUUUCCUGAGAGACUUUAAUCUGGCAUCAUCAUGAUUAUUUCAUGCAGUCCUUGAUUCUUCUUAGGUCGCUCUAAAUCGGUAUACGGGGGUGUAGAUUUUAGUCCUCUCAGUUUCAGCCGCUGUAGACCAAUCAAUACACGGGGCGUGUUGGUUUCAGCCUAGCUGUUUCUAUAGAGCUAUAUAUAUAUAUAAAUUGUAAGUUUCCAUAAGAAAUAGAGGAAAUCAUAUUCGGUAGAUGUAAAUUUAUAUAUAUCAAGUAAAUAUGUAAAUACAUGUAUAUAGAUAUGCAACGUAC